CUUCCGCUUUCACGACACCAGCACUUCCGGAUUGGGAGGCAGGAGGCGACGCGUUCUGAAGGAGUAAAAUGGAAGGAGAAUCAAGCAGAUUGGAAACCCACACUCCAGGUUUCGUCAAGAAAAAGACUAAGCGUUCUGUACAUAAGGAGAGACAUGGGAGGCAUCCCCAUGAAAGUUUCAGAGACUCCUCCCUGGCAAAUGAACAGGCUGACAUAACUAAGGGUAAAAAAAAGAGAAAGGAUGCCCAGCGUCUUGUUUCUUCUCCUUUGAAAAUAUCAGAAAUUUGCGAUGAGACUGAAAAGGCCGCUUCUAUACCCAAAAAGAGUAAAAAGAGAAGAAAAGGUGCUUUGGGGGUCGAUAAGGAAGCAGGUGUUGCGUACGUCCUGGUGAAUAAAGAAAACAUUGAGAACACACCAAAGAAUUUUACAAAGAAUGUCGAUGUCGUUUACAUUGAUGUAAGCAAGAAGCGAAAGUCAACAAAAGCGCCUGAAGCAGAUGAACCGCAUUUAGUUACUACGUCACAUGAACAUGAGUCAGAACUGCAUGAUAAAGUUCGGGAGAAAAAGCAGAAAAAACAUCGGAGGAAAGUUGCAUCCUGUGAUGCUGUCCAGGAAAGUCUGGGUGCAAGCAUUACCCUGCCCGGAUCAGAAUCCCAAGAGCAGGAACCCCAGCCUCCCAUGGGCCAAGAAGGUGAAAUUGCGCAACUACCAGUGUCUGCAGAUCAAAGCAAGUCUAAGAAAAGAAAGAGGAAGCGUGCAAAUGACCAGGAAUUUGAGGCCUUGCCUGCGCCUGAGAGCGCUGAGAACAUAUACUCAGAGGGAUCGCAAGUGAUUGGUGAGGUCGGGACUGCAGGAGGCAAUCAGGAAUCCAGUGGCCUCAAGAAAAAGUCUAAGAAAAGGAAGAGAAGAUCUGUUGAUACUGCCGCGGCACCUGGUGGUGAUUUUUCAGUCCUCAGGACGAACUCUGAGGACACGCUCUUUGAUUCAGUGGAAGGUCAUGGUACCUUGAUUGAAGAAAGUGUGAAACCCAGACCACAAGAGGAGAAACCCCAGGCCUGUUCAGAAGAGGUGCAGAGAUUAGAACCUACAAAUGAAGAAGAAGGCAAUCUGGAGUCGGCUAAAGGUCCUGAAACCAAGUAUUUAUCUGAAGAUUCGAGAGAUUCAGAUAAUUCAGACGUGGAUUUGGAUUCUGCUGUGAGGCAGCUCCAGGAGUUCAUCCCUGAUAUCAAGGAGAGGGCUGCCACUACAAUUAAGCGAAUGUAUCGGGAUGACUUGGGACGCUUUAAAGAAUUUAAAGCCCAGGGUGUCGCUAUUAAAUUUGGCAAGUUUUCCGUGAAGGAAAAUAAGCAGUUAGAGAAAAACGUGCAAGAAUUUCUGUCUCUGACAGGAAUCGAGAAUGCAGACAAGCUGCUGUACACAGACAGAUACCCAGAGGAGAAAUCUCUGAUCACUGACUUAAAAAGAAAAUACUCGUUUAGAUUGCACAUUGGUAAGGGCAUUGCCCGGCCCUGGAAACUCGUAUACUACCGAGCAAAGAAGAUGUUUGAUGUCAACAAUUACAAAGGCAGGUAUAGCAAAGGAGAUACCGAGAAGCUAAAGAUAUACCAGUCCCUCCAUGGAAACGACUGGAAAAAGAUUGGCGAGAUGGUGUCUCGAAGUAGCCUCUCUGUGGCCCUGAAGUUCUCCCAGAUCAGCAGUCAAAGAAAUCAUGGUGCUUGGAGCAAGACGGAGACCCAGAAACUAAUCAAGGCUGUUGAAGAAGUGAUUCUAAAGAAAAUGUCUCCCCAGGAGCUAAACGAGAUGGAUUCUAAACUCCAAGAGAAUCCUGAAGGCCGCCUGUCAGUUGUUCGGGAAAAACUCUACAAAGGCAUAUCCUGGGUAGAAGUGGAGGCUAAAGUGGAAACCAGGAAUUGGAUGCAGUGUAAAAGUAAGUGGACGGAAAUUCUAACCAAGAGGAUGACAAAUGGUCGGGACGUAUACCGGGGAGUUAAUGCCCUACAGGCCAAGAUCAACCUCAUUGAAAGGUUGUAUGAAAUAAAUGUGGAAGAUGUUAAUGAAAUAGACUGGGAAGAUCUUGCUAGCACCAUAGGGGAUGUUCCUCCAUCUUAUGUCCAAACUAAAUUUUAUAAGCUGAAAGCUACCUGUGUUCCCUUUUGGCAGAAGAAGACUUUUCCAGGUCUGGUUGUGUUUAUAUACGUGUCAAUAAAGCUAUUUUCACUAUUGAUUUUACUGAAGAAGGUGCAACAGCCAAAGGAAGGGUAUGAAAAUAAUAACAUAUUGUGGAGCAUUAAAAAUUGAUUCACAUUUCAUAUUCAAGUUUGUCUGAAUGUGAAAAGAAAGGCAAGUGUAUGAGUUGAUUUAAUAUUUUCUGUGCUAUUAUAUUGAAAAUAAUUACAACUAAUGGUUUUCAUACAACAGCAGGAUCCCAAGUCCCUCUAAUGGCAGCAGAGGGUAGUCAUGUCCGACGAACAUUUUCUUUUUUUUUGGCUGCGCCACAUAGCUUAUGGGAUCUUAGUUCCCCACCAGGGAUUGAAGCCAGGCCCUCGGCAGUGAAAGCACAGAGUCCUAACCCCUGGACCGCCAGGGAAUUUACCCCAAUGAACAUUUUCAUGAUGUGGAUUCAACUAUACGUGCAUUCAGCAAAAAAGAGAAUGUUUACAAUUUUAAUAAUGCAUGCCAUUUUGCUUUCUGUUUUUCAAUUGUUUAGAUGUAUAUUUUAGUGUGUGUGCGUAUUAGGUAAGUGGUACAGGGAAGUUUGUGUUCCCGCAAACUGGUUUCGGUUCCCAUGUGCCUGUCAUGGUGUGCGUAUCUCAUCUUCCUGAGUGUGAUUCUAGUGUUUAAAGAUAGGUAUUUUUCAUACAAGAUGCCCUCUCAAAGCCAGUCACAGAAUUCAUCUGGUGUUGAACUGGAAAAAACAAAGAAACCAGCAAUCUCUUCCAUUGCUUCUGGAAAAACUGCCUCUGUUAGACUUCCCUUGCUGGCAAGGGAAAUAAAGUGCCCAGGCUUCUAGCCUCAUCUGUACAGGGGAGAACAUAGAAAGGAAGGUGUGGGUGAGCAAUAUCCCAUACAGUGAGGCCACCCUCUGGGCCAAGGUGCAGCACCCUUGUCUCCUGAGUGUAGCAUCGUGAUGUGUGAUGUUGGUCAAUUCAUCCACAAAGCUAGGCAUUUUUCCAAGCUUGCCGUCAUCAGGGAAGGAAGAAUACAGAGAAACAAGUUUAGGAGUCCUCAGUCACCAGUAUAUCCACAGCACCUAUCAUGGUGUUGUGCAAAUAACAGACACUCGAUACAUAUUCAGGGAACAAAUGAGUAUUUUCUUUUUAAAAAUUUAUUUAUUUAUUUUUGGCUGUGUUGGGUCUUCGUUGCUGCACGCAGGCUUUCUCUAGUUGCUGCGAGCAGGGGCUACUCUUCAUUGCAGUGCGCGGGCUUCUCACUCUGGUUGCUUCUCUUGUUGUGGAGCACGGGCUAUAGGUAUGUGGGCUUCAGUAGUUGUGGCCUGUGGGCUCAUUAGUUGUGGUGCACGGGCUUAGUUGCUCCGCAGCAUGUGGGAUCUUCCUGGACCAGGAGUUGAACCCGUGUCCCCUGCAUUGGCAGGCGGAUUCUUAACCACUGCGCCACCAGGGAAGUCCCAGAACAAAUGAAUAUUUUCUUUUUAAUAAGCAUUUUGCCUUUAGUCACCUCCUUCUAUCUGUCAAACAUACCAAUCUCCGGGCUGAUGGGAAUAUAAAUUACAUGUUCCUUUUGGAGGACAAUCCGGUAGAAUACAUCAAAGCCUUAAGAAUGUACAUAUUCUGAGAUCCAGCAGUUUCACUUCUAGGACCUAAAGAAAUAAUAGAACUAGUGUAAAAGAAUGGCACAUUUAUAAUAUGAAAACUAGAAAAAUGUAAAUGUUCUUUAAUAGGAAAUUUACUAUAUAUGAUGGUAUAUUCCUAGAAUGGAAUAUUAGGCAGUAAUUAAAAAUGAUAAUGAGGGACUUCCUGGGUGAUGCAGUGGUUAAGAAUCCGCCUGCCGGUGCAGGGGACACGAGUUCGAUCCCUGGUCUGGGAAGAUCCCACAUGCCGCAGAGCAACUAAGCCCGUGCACCACAACUACUGAGCCUGCGCUCUAGAGCCCACAGGCCACAACUACUGAGCCUGUGUGCCACAACUACCGAAGCCCACGCGCCUAGAGCCCGUGCUCCACAAGAGAAGCCACUGCAGUGAGAAGCCCGUGUACCACAACGAAGAGUAGCCCCUGCUCGCAGCAACUAGAGAAAGCCCAUGCAUGGCAACGAAGACCCAACACAGCCAUAAAUAAAUAGACAGAUAAAUAAAAAUUUUUUUAAUGAUAAUGAUAGAUUUGGUUAACAUACAAGGUAAACAAUAUAAUCAACUAAAAUACAUACUGUUUUUCAUUCAGAAGUGUACAUAUUAUCUUCUUAAUUUUGUAACAGUAAAAAAAAAAAAAAAAUAGGGACUUCCUGGUGGUCCAGUGGUUAAGACUCCUUGCUUCCAAUUCAGGGGGCACAGGUUCGAUCCCUGUUGGGGGAACUAAGAUCCCACAUGCUGCGUGGUGCGGCCAAAAACGAAAAAAAAAAAUUGUGUAAAUAGAGAUGCAUUACAGUGUAAGGGAGGAAUUAAACCCAAAGUGUUGACAGUGGUUCUCUCCGGGAAGUGGGAUUGUAAGUUUAUAGGUUAGAAGUCUUGACUUGCAAGUGCCAGAAAAUCAGACUCAGAUAGAUCAAAGGCAUCUGGGGACUCUCAGACUGAAAAUCCAGAGGGAGAGGAUGGAUCCAGCUACUCAGAGUCCCCAGAAUGUGUUUUCUUGCUGAUUCUCAGCUCUCCCUUCUCCAGAGUCCACUUUAUCUUCAAUCCACACGAGGGGGCCCCUUGGUCCUGAGGGGUGCCUUCAUAGAGCCCCAUGUUAUAGCAUCCUUCUUAUUAUUACUUAAAUAGAGGAUGCCAUUCAGAGAACAAUAGCUCUUGCUUAAGUCCUGGGUUUUGUUCCCAGUGCCCAAAUUAGAGCUUGUGCCCAACUCUGAGCCAUCACCGUAGGCACAAAAAUAGGAUGGUCUUCAACCCAUCUGGGCUCAUGUCUGGAGCUGGGAUUUAGCUCAACCUGCCUUAAAUGGCUGAAAGGGUAAAUACCCCUGUGGAAAAUCAUGGUUGCAUUAGCAGAAGAGGGGAGUGGACCCUGAGGAAGCGACCCACACAUGUGCAGGACUGUGGGUAAUUACCUGUGCUGUGAAUUUUACCCAAUAAACUUGUGUACUUGGUAAAAGUUUAA